AUGGUGCCCCCUGUACUUGCUCCCCCCAGUGCUGUCCCGGCUGGUUUCGAGUCUGCUCUCUCAGGUACAGCACCCACAGAGACUCCUCUCUCAGGUACCGCACCGGCUGAGGCCUGUCACACCUUCACCCUUGACUCAGGUGCUUCCCGUUGCUUCUUCCGUGACAGUACUGAGCUCACACCGCUUCCUGCACCGGUCCCAGUCUCCUUGGCUGACCCCUCUGGGGGCCCAGUCCUUGCCCAGUCCACCACUGUCCUCCCUUGUCCGGCGGUUCCGUCUGGCUCGUUGUCGGGUUUCCACCUCCCCUCGUUCUCGACGAACCUGGUGAGCAACGCUGUCCUCCAGGAUCAGUGGGUUGACACCUUUACCCCUGGCGGACAGCGUGUGGCGAUCUGCACGUGCUCCAGGACCGGCCGUCACCUGGCUACGUUCACCCGUCGGCCGGGGUCGAGUCUCUACACACUGACCACUGCGUCUCCCCAGGUAGCUGCUGUCGGUCAGGUGUCUGCGUCAGGUCUGGUGGCCCACGCCUGUGAGUGUCGUUCCCUGUCGCACCAGACUCUCCUCUGGCACCACCGCCUGGGUCACCCCUCCUUGCCACGCCUUCGUGGCAUGCACCGUCGCCUCCUUGUGUCCGGUCUUCCCAGGUCCCUCCCUCCCCUCCCUGCCUCGCCUGCGCCGCCUUGCCUUCCUUGCGUCGAGGGGCGGCAGCGCGCCGCCCCUCACUCCUCCUCGUUCCCCCCGACAGAGGCUCCUCUGGAGACCCUCCACCUGGACGUGUGGGGCCCAGCCCGCGUUCGUGGUCAGGGCGGUGAGCGGUACUUUUUGCUGGUUGUCGACGACUACUCGCGUUACACCACGGUCUUCCCCUUGCACACCAAGGGUGAGGUCCCUGCUGUUCUGAUCCCUUGGAUCCGCACGGUUCGUCUCCAGCUCCGCCGCCGUUUCCGGACGGAUCUUCCUGUCCUGCGUCUGCACUCUGACAGAGGUGGUGAGUUCUCCUCCGAUCUUCUGAGGACCUUCUGUCAGGCAGAGGGCAUCGAGCAGACCUUCACGCUUCCGGACUCCCCACAGCAGAAUGGGGUUGCUGAGCGCCGCAUUGGCCUGGUCAUGGAGGUCGCUCGUACCUCCUUGGUCCACGCGGCGGCUCCCCAUUUUCUGUGGCCGUUUGCUGUCCGGUACGCCGCGCAUCAGCUCAACCUCUGGCCCCGUGUCUCCUUGCCGGAGACCUCGCCCACACUGCGUUGGACGGGGGAGGUUGGCGAUGCGUCGCGCUUCCGGGUGUGGGGUGCUCGUGCCCUUGUCCGCGAUACGUCCGCGGACAAGCUCUCCUCCCGCACGCUUCCCUGUGUCUUCCUUGGCUUUGUCCCUGACGCGCCUGGCUGGCAGUUUUACCACCCCACCUCGCGCCGGGUCUUCGCCUCUCAGGAUGUCACCUUUGACGAGUCGGUCCCUUUUUACCGUCUCUUCCCCUACCGCACUGCCCCCCUCCCUCCCCCGCCGCUUUUCCUUGCUCCUGGUCCCCCUCCGGUAGACCCCCUUCCCCCUCAGGGUCCUGCUCCUUCAGGUGUCUCUCAGGUAGACCCUCCUCCCGUCGCUGAGCCUGUCGAGGUCACAGGUGACUCAGGUGCUGCUGCGGGUGGUGCUGCUGGGAGUGCUGAGCCUGGGGGUGCUGAGCCUGGGGGUGCUGGGCCUGGGGGUGCUGGGGCUGCAGGUGCUGGGACUGAGGGUGCUGGAGUUGAGGGUACGGUGCCUGAGAGAAUGGAGCCUGGGGGUGCUGCGACUGGGGGUGCUGAGCCUGCGGGUACUGAGCCUGCGGGUACUGAGCCUGGGGGUGCUGCUACUGAGCCUACGGAGCCUCGGGUUACUGCGUCUGGGGGUGCUCCGGUUCGGGGUGCUGAGCAGUCUCUCACACCGCAGCAGCUUCGCGACUGGUACGUCCGACGCUUUCGCCGUCCUAGUGGCUCGGCUGGAGUUUGGGGUGCUGGAGCUGCUCGUCCUGGGGGUGCUCGUACUGGGGGUACUGGAGCUGCCGGGACUGGCUGUUCUGGGAGCACUGUGACUGGAGCUGCUGGAGCUGGGGACUCUGGCGCUGGCGGUGCUAGCGGAGUUGGAGCUGCCGACUCUGGGGGUGGCGCUGCUACUGGUGCUGCGGACCCACCUGGUGGAGCUGCUGCUGGUGCUGAGGAGUCGGACGGUGGAGCUGGGGACCCGGCCGGUGGAGCUGCUGCUGGUGCUGUGGACCCGGACGCUGGAGCUCCUACUGGUGCUGAGGACCCGGCCGCUGGAGUCCCGUCUGCUUCUGGAGACGCUGCGCGGCCGCGACCGUACUUCGUACCGCUCCUUCAGCAGGUUCUUGGGCAGGCUCCUCCUCCUUGUCCUCCUCCCUCCGUAGAGUGUCCUCCGCCUGUCCAGCCGCAGUCACAGUUACCGCCUGCCUCGCCUCUCCCUGCUCCCUCUCCUUAUACUGGUCCCACAGGAGGUCUUACAGAGCGUCGUGAGCCUGAGUCUCGUCCUGCGUCGCCUGUUCGUCCUGCUCGCACUGGUAGUCGUGUCCGUCGUGAGCGUCCUCCUCCUGUCCCAGGCACUCACUACAUGACUCUGCGUCCCUCUACUGCUCCUCGGCGUGUCCCUCUACCGUCUCCUCCUGCGUCCUCUUUGCCUGCCGUUCCGGACCCUGAGUCUGACCGGUAUCGCGCUGAGCACCCUACAGUCACGCGUCUCCUUGCUACUGUUGUCACUGACCCCACCUUUGAGUCCUCGGCUGCGUCUGCUCUGGUCGCUGAGUUGGUUGACUUUGCUGCUGCCUGUCGUCUAGACUACGCUGCUAGCCUUGUCGCUGAGUCAGAGUCUGCGUCUGUCUGUCCUCCAUCCGUCGGGGGUGAGUGUGCUCUUGGCACGGACGUCCUUGAGGACAGGCAGGAGGACUUUGACUCUCUUGCGGCUGAGGCGAUCUCGGGUCCCUACUCCUCUCAGUGGCAGACAGCCAUGGACGCAGAGAUGGCAUCCUGGAAGUCCACAGGCACCUACGUCGACGAGGUUCCCCCUCCUGGGGCGAACAUCGUCGAUGGCAUGUGGAUUUUCAGGGUGAAGCGGCCGCCAGGUUCUCCGCCUGUCUUCAAGGCUCGUUACGUUGCUAGAGGCUUCAGUCAGCGUCAGGGGGUCGACUUCUUCCAGACCUUCUCCCCCACCCCGAAGAUGACCACUCUUCGGGUUCUGCUGCACGUUGCUGCUCAGCGUGACUACGAGCUUCACUCUCUUGACUUCAGCACAGCGUUCCUGCAGGGCAGCCUGCACGAGGAGAUCUGGCUGCGCCGCCCACCUGGCUUUACUGGGUCGUUUCCCCCUGGUACCCAGUGGAGUCUCCGCCGGCCAGUCUACGGUCUCCGCCAGGCGCCACGUGAGUGGCACGACACACUGAGGACUACUCUUGCGGCUCUUGGGUUCGCGCCGUCUACUGCUGACCCGUCGCUGUUUCUGCGCACAGACACGUCGCUGCCGCCGUUCUACAUCCUCGUGUACGUCGACGACUUGGUCUUUGCUACUGCUGACACUGAGGCACUCGCUCGUGUGAAGUCGGAGCUGCAGAAGAGACACACCUGCACUGACCUGGGUGAACUGCGUAGCUACCUUGGCUUGCAGAUCACCCGGGACAGAGCUCGCCGCACCAUCACCCUGACUCAGUCACACAUGGUGCAGCAGGUCCUUCAGCGCUUCGGCUUCCAGUUCUCCUCACCACAGGCCACACCUCUGGCUACCAGCCACUCGCUCUCAGCUCCACCUUCGGACGAGUCCGUAGAGCCGAGUGGCCCGUACCCAGAGCUUGUAGGCUGCCUCAUGUACCUGAUGACUUGCACGCGACCUGACCUCGCGUACCCUCUUAGCAUCCUUGCUCGUUACGUUGCGCCUGGGAGACACAGGCGAGAGCACUGGGAGGCUGCUAAGAGGGUGCUGCGUUACCUGUGCAGUACAUCAGGCAUGGGGCUGGUGCUUGGAGGACGCGACAGAGUUGUCCUCACUGGUCACUCGGACGCCUCUUGGGUGGACGACCUGGCUACGCAGCGGUCGUCACAGGGUUACACCUUCAGCCUUGGCUCAGGUUCUGUCUCGUGGCGGUCCACCCGCUCUUCCUCUGUUCUCGGCUCUAGUUGUGAGGCUGAGAUCUACGCCACAGCCAUGGCUGCACAGGAGUUACGCUGGCUCACCUACCUGCUGACUGACUUGGGAGAGCGGCCUAGUUCUCCUCCAGUUCUGUACGGUGACAACAAGGCGGCUCUUGCCUUGUGUCAGGAGCACAGACUGGAGCACAGGACGAAGCACAUUGCUCUUCGCUACUUUCUUGCUCGAGAGCUUCAGCAGCGCAGUCAGCUUCGGCUUGUGUACGUGGACUCGAAGGCCAACACUGCUGAUAUCUUCACCAAGGCGCUCCCGCCUAGUGAUCAUCAGCGGCACUGUACUUCUUUAGGCCUUGUGUCCACAUUUCCUCACUUGCUCACUGCUUGA